AUGUCUAACAACGCCAUUCAAGACCAUGUCAUGGCAGAAGAGCAAGAUGAUUCCUCCGAAAGAGUUUUUGACAAAUGGAACUCCGAUUGCCCUGUCACCAUGCCCGAUGAACCCUUUCACACAUUCUCCCAGUCUGCCGCCGAAGUCGGUCACUUUCUCAGGGAUCUCCCAGUCGAAGCCGGCAGCUUUGUGUCCAACAACCGCAAGAAGAAGUCCAAGGCCUACCUUAUGAUCAAGCGCGAUGGUGACAGAACGGGAUUUUUGUGGUGCGACGGCGACGGUAAAGCUGCUCGUCGAAGCUACAUCAAGAUGAAACGCGGACUAGCUGUUUCCCGAGUCAAGGAGGAUCUGGUUGAGAAGUACAAUGACAAUGAGUCCAACGCGGUUUCGGCUUACAAUAAGGACUUGGUUAUUGCGUUGGCUCGUCGACAUACCGUCAAGUUGGCUAAGCGCGGUAGUGAUAGCAUCACGCCGCCUGUCAUUGAUGAAGAGGAUCGUCCUGAGCCGUGGCUGGAGUAUCCUAUCUACUGCGCCGUCACUGAUCCAGAGUUGAACUAG